UUGACUGUAGAGCUACCAAAGGAACAGGAUUUGAGUUAACUUAGUCAACAAAUUAUCGUGUAUCUUAGAUUAGAUUGUGCAGAAACAGAAGCGACCUACAGAACCCUGGCAAAACUGGUUACUAUGAAGUAGACUGCAACAGAUUUACACAGAAACUGGAUAUUCGAGAGAGAUUUGCGGAAACUUGACUUGACCGUAGACUAUAUGGAAAUGCGAUUUCACUGAGGGAUAGCGAAUUCUCUGGUCACAGCAUGGGUCGUCCGAUGGUGCUUGGCUUGUUGGCUGCUUGCCUGUGUUUGACGGUUCAAUGCGUGGGAUCCGCACGGCCUAAUUUGAUCCUGCUGUUUGCGGAUGACCUGGGCUUUGGGGACCUGGGCAGCUACGGGCACCCGAGUUCUCUGACGCCAAACCUGGACAAACUGGCGGCUCAAGGUCUACGAUUUACGGACUUUUAUGUGACCAGUCCCGUUUGCAGCCCGUCCAGGGCAUCGAUUCUGACCGGGCGCUAUCAGACACGCUCAGGGAUCUACCCUGGUGUACUGUACCCCGGCUCCAAAGGAGGUCUCCCCCUAAAUGAGACCACCAUCGCCGAGGUGCUGAAGCCCCUGGGCUACAACACCGCUAUGAUUGGCAAGUGGCACCUGGGUGUGGGCCCCAAUGGGACCUACCUGCCUACACGCCAGGGCUUCGACUCUUACCUGGGCAUCCCUUACUCGCACGACAUGGGUCCCUGUAGCAACCUGACGUGUUUUCCUCCUGACGUCAAGUGUUUUGGGUUCUGCGACCGCGGCGUGGUGACGGUUCCUGUGAUGCACGAUGAAGUCAUCGUACAGCAACCGGCAGACUUCCUGCAACUGGAGACGGCCUACAGCAAGUUCGCCACAAAUUUCAUCAGGCGCUCGGCCAAUAAGAAGCAGCCGUUUUUCCUCUAUUACCCCUCUCAUCACACCCACUACCCCCAGUACGCAGGCGAGAAGGCUGCUGGGAAAUCUGGGAGAGGUCCGUUUGGCGAUGCCCUGCUGGAGCUGGACUCCACUGUGGGUCACAUCAUACACACACUCACAGAGGCAGGCAUCAUCAACAACACACUCAUCUUCUUCACUGCAGACAAUGGGUGUGAGUUAAUGCGUGAGUCUCGUGGCGGUAACGCUGGUCUGAUGAAGUGUGGCAAAGGCACCACAUACGAGGGGGGCAUGAGGGAGCCGGCCAUGGCCUACUGGCCUGGACACAUCAAACCAGGGGUCACUCAUGAGCUGGCCAGCUCUCUGGACAUCCUGCCCACCUUCGCUGCAUUGGCUGGGGCUCCUCUCCCCAAAGUGGCCCUGGAUGGGUUUGACAUGAGAAGGAUCUUGUUCCACAAGGGCCCAAGCCAGAGGAAGGCCAUGUUCUACUACCCCGUGGACCCCAGUGAGAAGUACGGUGUGUUUGCUGUGAGGAUGGGCAAGUACAAAGCCCAUUACUACACGAGAGGGGCAGCACACAGUGACACCACCCCAGACCAUGACUGCCACAUGACGUCCAUCAUGAAGCAGCACGACCCGCCGCUGCUCUUCGACCUUGAGGCUGACCCCUCGGAGAACUACAGCCUGUCGCCGGACGACCCAGAGGUGGCCGGCCUGCUGCAGCAGAUUCAGCAGCUCAGGGACGACUUCCAAGCCAGUAUGGUGUUCGGGGAGAGUCAGGUAGACCGGGGGACGGACCCCGCAUUGGAGCCCUGCUGCACUCCCACCUGCACCCCCAAACCAGACUGCUGCCGCUGCUGAGGUGGGGAGAGACAGGGGGUGCUGAAGAGAAGAGUAUGGAGUGAUAGAGAGAGUUGGAGGAGUAGGAGGAGGAGAAGAAGGGGGGAACUUUCUGAUUCUGAUUCAAGACUGUAAAUGAUAAUCAUCAGAACAAAAGCAGGACAUAAUCAAUCACACACUCAUACUGUACAUGCCACAUACACCCAAACACACACACACACACACACAGAAUCAUCACAUCCACAGACCCACAGUAUCACUCUAAAAGAAUGUAUCACACUGCCCCUAUAUGGCCAGCCAUGUGUCUGUAGCCACAUUAACAGGACUGACAUGAACCAUGAGGUUUAAACCACAGUAACAGGACUGACAUGAACCAUGAGGUUUAAACCACAUUAACAGGACUGACAUGAACCAUGAGGUUUAAACAGGACUGACAUGAACCAUGAGGUUUAAACCACAUUAACAGGACUGACAUGAACCAUGAGGUUUAAACCACAGUAACAGGACUGACAUGAACUUUAAGGAUGUUUAAACUACAGUGACAGGACUAUCAUUAACCAUGAGGUUUAAACUACAGUGAUGGGACCGACAUGAACUAUGGGGUGAUUUAAACCACAGUGAUGGGACUGACAUUAACUAUGAGGUAUAAACUACAGUGAAUGGACUCACAAGGACUAUGAGGUUUAAACCACAGUGACAGGACUGACAUGAUGUGUGAAAAUGCAUAAACCUCACAGCUGCAGCUGCCACUGAUCACCACAUCAACUGGAUGUGUGAGGAAGAAUAAGGGAAGCCCAUCCAUAUACUGUACUGUACAUGACGCUUGACAUGCAGCCAGGCUAUUCACCUCAUCAUUGACAUGAAUGUGUCUGGCAAUGGGUAAAGGGAAAUGAGAACCUGUAGAAGUCACAGGAGUUUGGGGGAUACUCAGCCAUUGCAGAGAGGCCCUUGGGGAAACUCAGUCGAAGGGGGUUCUAAAGGAGGAGAUAACACUGUGCUCAGAGGGUCUUAGAGUAGCCAUCAUUUGCCUGUGGGAAAGAUGUUAAAGAUCAUCAAAGAGGUAGUUUUAAGAUUUGAGUACUUGGCCAGUUCCCCCUGUAGGAUUCUAUUCAAACAAAUCAGCCUCGGGUGUCCCCUUGUGGAGUUUGUGACUGUUCUGCCUUUUCAGCCAAAGAUUAGGAAUCUUCCCUUAAGAGCAUCACUAAAGCCAAAGGCUGAAAGUGCCCUCUCUGACGGCUCCCAUACCGCUCCAUGCCAUUCUCAUCAUUACCAUCACUAGAUUUCCCACCGCGGCCAGAAGCAGGUCAGAGACCUGACUAACUGUUUAGCCGAUUAAGUAACAGUUAGCAUAUGAGGGAAGAACCCUCUGCGGAGAGCCGGGGAGACUGAGCACAAAUCAGAUGCACAGCAGCGUCUCUGGAAGCCCCAUAACCACAUGAAAGUGACUCUUCUGUGAAUUGGGACGUUGCCUAGGGCUCCCAAGGCUGUUGAGAGAGGGCUUGGUGGUGGCAUGUUUGUGUCGGUGGGAUCAUUUGUUUUUGCUCCUUUACUAAAUGUGACUCUACCGCCUUGGGGUUGUCUCCAGGGGGUAUCCAUGGCCUCCGCUGAGCCCCAGCCGAGGGGUGGAGAAGGGCAGAUUAAGGUUGUCUGAAUAUCAUCAAUCUUGUCAACCCACCAAUCACUCCAACUUAACGUUUCCAUUAAAUAAACACUUCAGCAGCCUGUUGUACUUACUGUUGGUGUUUCUAAUUGGAUAAAUAUUUUGUUUUAUUUUACCGUUGAUGACCUUUUUUAAGUUUUGUAAGAGGGAUUUUCUGGGGUCAGUAAUACGAAGUUAAUGGUUUAUUUUGUGAUAAGAAACAGACUCAUUGAUUUUUAAGACUAAUAAAUGAUUGUGAUUGUUUAAUAUGAAAUUGAUGAUUUAUUUGUGAUAAGAAGCAGACUCAUUCAUUGAAGACUAAUAAAUGACUGCAGUCAA